GGGUGCAGUGACCGAUAGUUUGGGUCCCAAACACACACACCACUAAGAGACUUAGUCGCGAACACACACUCUGGAUUUCCAUCCACUCACUAUAGAAUAGAACUAGAAUAUCUACAGAAUAGGUUGUGAUGAAGGAGCCUGGGUCCGUCCAGGGGUCUGUUGUCCUGACUACAGAAUAUCAUGACGACUUCCAAAAUACAGACACCAGCGACAACCGAGCCUUCUGGACCAAAGAGCCGGAGUCGGGGUUAGGCCAAGCGCACCAAUCAGGCAGAGGGAGAUGGAUGUGGGCGGGGCCUGUUCUGUCUGCUUUCUUCCUAUUGGCUCUGAUCAUCUUUGUCUCCGUCAGCAAUAGGAAUACUGACAGCAGGUUCUCGUCAAUAGAAAAGACUGUUGCCAACCUGAGUUCGGCUGUUCAGACUGUCAUCACCACUCUACAACAGAGCAAAGCCUCAGAGGCAGAGUUGCAGAAGGAGAUUGGAAGGCAGAAGUUCACCAUGGAAAUGACAGAACAAAAGCUGGAUUCAGUGUGGGAGUCGGUGAAGGAGUUUGAUCAGUUGGAGUCCCUUCGUUCUGCUGUAGCCGGAUUGAAGUGUUCCUUAGACAGAGUCCUGCACAACGACACAGUUUCAGGGUGCUGUCCACUUGGCUGGGUGUUGUCUGGCUCCUCCUCCUGCUACUUCUUCUCGUCUGACGGGUUACCAUGGAACCAGGCUCGAGACUACUGCUCUAACUACAAUGCCCAGCUUGCUGUACUGAAGACUGAACAGGACUGGGACUUUGUAACAGGCAGUACCAAGCCGCUGUUCUUCUGGAUUGGACUGUCAGAUGAGAGGACAGGAGAAUGGGAGUGGGUGGAUGGAACACCUUAUAUCAUGGACCGCAGCCAGUGGAAGCCGGGCCAGCCUGAUAACUGGAAAGGCCAUGGUCUGGGUGGGACAGAGGACUGUGCUAUGAUACAUGCCAACGGACAGCUGAAUGAUGAUCACUGUUCCCGUAGUUACCGCUACGUCUGUCAGGGACACACACUGACACACACUCACUGAUACACACAUUGUAACUGACACUGAUAUACACACACACACACACACACACUGAUACACACACACACACUGAUACACACAACUCACACACACUGAUACACACACACACACUGAUACACACAACUCACACACACUGAUACACACACACACACUGAUAAGUCACACACUGACAUACACACACACCGAUACACACAUUGUAACUCACACACUGAUACUCACACACACUGAUACACACAACUCACACACUGAUACACACAUAACUCACACACUGAUAUAGAGACACACACACACACACACACACACACACACACACACACACACUGAUACACACAUUGUAACUCACACACUGACACACGCACACACCAACAAGCUCUCACAGUCUUACUGUAGAAUUAGACUUGUAUCCACGUUCUCCAAACGUUAAACUUCAAAGUGUUUUUGACACCCUGGGUGCUCAGCAUCGUUCAGUUUCACCAAAUGUCAAAUAAAUUAAGAGUUAAAGUUUGGGACGGAGUUAUGCCCUUCAACCUCCCCUAGCAAAACCCAACCUUCUGAUGCAGAGUUAUGCCCUUCAACCUCCCCUAGCAAAACCCAACCUUCUGAUGCGGAGUUAUGCCCUUCAACCUCCAGCUGAUGGUAAUAGUUCUCACUGCCUGGUCUCGAUGUCCUCUGGACAUGGAUAAACGUCCAAUUUUAAAGUCGAUCUCCCUUCACACACAAGGCAAUGUCUCCCCACAUAACACAAACAGCCUAGGUUCUGAUGUUCUGGUAUUAAACCACUGUAACACGUGUCAACAUGUCUGAUGUUCUGGUAUUAAACCACUGUAACACGUGUCAACAUGUCUGAUGUUCUGGUAUUAAACCACUGUAACACGUGUCAA